AUGGACGACGCAUUUGACCUGAUCGUCAUUGGCACCGUGCGCCUCGACCAUGUGGCCUGGGAAGACGUGCUGACAUCUAUCUGGCGGGGUAAUACAGGCUGGUAUGGCCUGGCAGCAGCAAAAACAUACAUCGAACUACAUCCAUCUGAACAUGUCGCAGUGCUCGAGGCGAACUCGUCCGUCGGAGGUGUCUGGGCCGAAGAUCGACUGUAUCCAGGCCUCAAGUCGAACAAUAUGUUAGGCACUUACGAGUAUCCCGACUUUCCCAUGACCGAGGCCACCUAUGGGGUGAAGCCUGGACAACACAUCCCGGGAACAGUGCUCCAUCGAUAUCUCACCGACUACGCAAAGGCAUCUGGGGUCUACCAACGCAUCCGCUUCAACACCAAAGUCGACUCUGCCAUGCCCUCCGAGGAUGGCGGAUGGCUGCUCAAGACAUCGUCGUCCGAGAUCCCAAGCCUACAGGCCAAGAAGCUGAUAGUGGCCACUGGUUUGACCUCGCAGCCGUAUGUGCCACAGCUGCCUGGGAUGCAAGACUUCCAGGGAUCGCUGUUCCAUGUCCGAGAGUUCGCAAAGCACGCCACCACCCUCAACCAGGCGAAGCAUGCUGUCGUCGUCGGAGGUGCAAAGUCUGGCUGGGACGUCGCCUACGCCUAUGCCGAAGCUGGCGUUCCGGUCGAUAUGGUGAUUCGCAAGUCUGGCCAUGGACCUGUGUGGAUGGCUCCGCCAUAUGUGACACCACUCAAAAAGUGGCUGGAGAAACUCGUCCACACUCGGUUCCUGACCUGGCUCAGCCCUUGCAUCUGGGGCGAUGAAGACGGCUAUUCUGGCAUUCGGCACUUCCUCCACGGGACAUUCAUCGGACGUGCCAUCGUCAACACCUUCUGGAAGAUCCUGGCGUCCGAUGUCAUCGCCCUCAACAAGUAUGACUCGCAUCCGGAGCUGCAGAAGCUGAAACCCUGGGAGCCGGCCUUCUACAUUGGCAGCUCGUUGAGCAUCCACAACUAUCCCACCAGCUUUUUUGAUCUGGUCCGAGAAGGCAAGAUUCGAGUUCACAUCGACGAGAUCGCGGGCUUUGGAGCAAAGUCGGUCCGCCUGGCGUCCGGCGAGACCAUCGAAGCCGACGUCACGGUGCUCGCCACCGGAUGGAGGAAGGAGCCUUCGCUCGACUUUCUCGGCGGCCUGGAGGCCGAUGUUGGCUUGCAUCACUCACCAUCUGACCUGGAGGCCUUGACCAAGGACGCCGAUGCCGAGAUCCUGCAGCGAUUUCCGAGACUGAAGACCCAACCGGCACGAAAGGACCAACUCGAGCAGACGUUGACCGAGCGAACGAACCAGCCGCUACGCCUGUACAGGUUCAUGGUUCCGCCCGCCAUGGUGUCGAGGCGCAACCUGGCUUUUGCCGGCAUGCUGUCCACCAUCACCACAUCCAUCUGCGCCACCGUCCAGGGUCUCUGGAUCUCGGCCUUCCUGGACGGCAAACUCGACCGAUUGCCCGAGUCGCAGGACGACCUCCGCUGGCAAACAGUCCUGCACUCCCAGUUCGGGCGCUGGCGGUACCCGACCGGCUAUGGCCCGAGUUUCCCGGACUUUGUCUUUGACGCCGUGCCCUAUGUCGACAUGUUGCUGCACGACUUGAAUGUCGAGUCGCAUCGGAAAUCAGGCGGCCUGGCCGAUGUCUUCGACCCCUAUGGACCGCAGGACUACGUCGGCGUGCUGGAGGAAUGGAAGACCGGACAUACUAGUACUCUGACCAAGACCAAGACUGGAACGACUGGAGCUGCAUCUUGA